GCCGGGGGAGCUGCCCACCACCGCUGCCCACCACCGCUGCCCGCCACCGCUGCCCACCACCGCUGCCCACCACCGCUGCCCACCACCGCUGCCCACCACGCCCCGAGGAUUCCCUGCUCCGCAGCAGCCACCGGAGACCCGGUUCCCUCAGGCCUCGGCUCCACGCGAGGGCUCGGCAGAGCCCGGUUCGGUCCUAAACCCAUCCCGAGCCGCCUCAUCGAGGGGUCUCCGACUCGGGACAGCCCCGGGCUCCGCCGUUCCGUCGCCGAUCGCCGCGCCCUGAGGAUGAAGAACCGACGGAUGCUGGCGGUGCUGCUCCUCCUGGCGCUGCCGCUCGCCCUCGCCCGCCGCGUCCCCGCCGCCCCGCCGGGCCCCGCGCAGGUACGACCGUCGGAGGGGGAAGGGAUGCUCGUCCCGGAGCCGCUGCUGUGGAGCGCCCGAGCCAGCCCCGGGGCAGCCGCCGCCGCGCUGGAGCUGCUGCGGGAGGAGGGCGCCGGUCCCCCCGCGGCGCCGCAGAAGAGAGACAUGCACGAUUUCUUCGUGGGGCUCAUGGGGAAGCGAGCGGCGGAGCGGGGGGGAGGCGGCUCAGCCCCCCGGUGCUCCCCGGGACCCCCCGCUCCCGGCGAGCCCCCGCUGCGGGCGGCCUGA